CAAUCAAGUACUUUCCGACUUUCCACACUUCUCCAUUCAAUCAAAGCAAAACUCUAGCCCGAGACCAGGAUGAUUUUCCUACAGCUCUGGUGGGCACUGAUGGUGCUCAGUGGCUCAAAAUCCGGAUCCGGCACUGACCUGCAGAUGGCACCCGCGCAGCCCAAACAGGACCUAGUCGUUCCCGCUGAGGAAAAUGAUAAGCUGAGCAGCUUCAGUCGGGCGGUGGAGAAGGCUCGGGGGGAGCUGCAGGAGUUGAAGUCCUCCUAUUCGGGAGACCUGCACGAGCAGGAUGCAGGCCAAAAAGUGCAGUCUAGGGAGAGGCGGAACUCCAUCGAUGAUAUGUUGGCCAACUUCGCCCAGAGCGGCGAGCCUGCGUCCUCCGAGGCGGAGAACGAGCGAUCUUUGCAGGAGGCGGCGGAUGCCUGGUUUCGCGAGAUCCAAGCCAACAUGGCCAAGGGCAAGGCGGUGGAGGAGAUGCCGGCUGAUAACGUGGUUUCCAAGCAAGAACGAUCGGCCAAAUCCAAAGCCAAGGCCAAGGAGAUCAUCGACCAGCAUGCCAAGGCCAUGGCGCGCACAGAAAUUGGCAAGGUGAAGAUGAAAUAUAAGGAGAUUCCGCUCGAAACGGUGAUCCAGAAGUACGAGGUCACCAAGUAUCCCUUCAGGUCCGAUGAGGGCGGUCUUUCCAGCCUGGACAUCAAACUUAAGCAGGUUCACCGAAUCCUGAGCGACCAGGAGAACGUUGAGGCCCAGAAGAAGAAGGUGGACCUGGACCUGCGUCAAAAGAGUGAUGCGUCGAAGAUGGAAAAGUUGCCCCAAUACGGGGACUGUCCUAUUCCGGAUGGCGUGUACGAAAGGACCCUGAGUCGGUUGGCCUUUCCGCAUGUGCCCGCCUGUAAGCUGGAGCACGAGGCCAACUACAAGCUUUCCAAAAUAGAGCAGGAGGCUUCCGAGAAGGCCAUGAAGGGAGUCAAGCCUUUCGCUAAUGGCCUCCAAGAAAGUGACAAUUCACAGAAUCUCAAACCGCAGAAGCGAAGCUCCAUGACGGGCUUUAAUCCCAUGAACGAGAUCAAGCUGAAGACCAGCAGUCGCUUGAUGCUGAAGGGCCUGGGUCCCUCGUUGCCCAGUAAUUCCCUGUUGGACAUGCAUAGUAACCACCUAGUGGACAACAUGAUCCGUCGCAGGGAACUGGAUGAGGUCCAACAACGUCAGCAGUACUUCGAUAUGGAACAGGAGGGUGAGGAGGAGGAUCAACGCCUAAAUAUGAAUCCUGCCAGGCCUCAGUUUGAGGGCUUCGAAUACAUGCAGAGCCAUGGUGUGCCCAAUGCGGAUCCAAAUCCCCUGAUGGACGUGCCCCACAGCUAUGACUACCGACUGCCACAAUACGAUCGCUUCCAUUCCCUCAACCAGCGGCAGAUGCCCAAUGUCUUGGAGUACGAAAGAACCAAUCUUGACUUGAAGAGAUUGAAAAGGGAACCUUUAUUGCAAGGAGAGUCUCAAUCACUGCAUCUGGAGGCCGAAGAAGAUCAGAAGGCCUUAGACCAUGACGAAGACGCCAAAGUGUGUUUACUGGAAGUCAAAGGGGGAGAAGCGGCUUUAGAUUCGAACGCCAAGCUCGACGAAUCCCACAAGGAUGCCAAGCUGGAAGAGACUCCGGAGGAGGCCAAGCUAACUGAAGAGCACUUGACGAAAUCAGAAGCUAAACUAGAGCCUGAAGCCUUGUCCAGCGACCUGAAAGGUGAUGAAAAAGCCCAAGUAAAACGUGAAAUGCCGCAGGAGGACAAACUGAAGGACAAUGCCUUUGAAAUGGCCGGCGUAAAGCCGGAAGCAGAAGCUCCAACAAAAAGAGAAAUUUCGGAUACGGCUAGUCUGAGUUCUGAAAACGAAGCUGAGAAUCAAGAGGGUCCUGAGGCCUCAGAUUUAUCCGAAGGCCAUCACGAUAGCGAUCAACUGGCCUGCAAGGUGGAUAAGGCUUCCAAGGCUGGAGCAGUGGGCGUCAAGGGGGAUAAUAAUCUCAAAGUCGAUAUCAAGUUGAGAAUGCAAGAGCCAGAGGUCAAGGCUCCACCAAACAGCCCGGAAACCCACAAACGAGAUUCCCAGGAUACUGCGCCUGCCGUUCCAAAAGUAAAUCCCGAUGCUGUGGUGAAGCUCCUGGCCAAUGAGAUCUCCCUGGACAUGAAUCGGGGCAAAAGGCAAACGGAGGGUCAGCGCUAUCGCAGGUUUUCCCGUCGACAGCGGCGUUCCAAGAGAUCCUUGGACGGGAUGGUGGUGCCACCGGCUAAUUCCGCGCCGCAAUCAGACCCACAAUCGGAGCAACAUGUGGUGGCCAAACGCACGGCCCAACUCCUCGACGAUUUCGAGGAUCACAACGGGAAUCGCGUGCACUUCGGGGAGCUUGGUAAUGGCAUGUUGACUCCAGAUGUCGGGGAUAGUCUUGGAGCUAAGCCCAUGCAUCAGCCAGUGGAGCAUUAUGACGAGAAAGAGGGUGCCGCGCACGAAGGUGAUGCCGUGGCGCAGAUUUAUGAUCCUUCAAAGAACAUGGUGCCCAUGAUGAAUCGGCGGCCCCAUGUAGUUGUUCAGGUGCCGAUGCUACAGCAACAACUGCAGCAACUGCAGCUCCAGAAAGUGCCGAAACUGCAGCUUGUGCAGCCAAUGGUAUUGCCACAGCCUGUGCAGCAGCCACUGCCCCUGCAGCAGUUGCAACAGCAGCAACCGCAAGUUCAGCAGCAACCCGUACAGGCACCAGUGCAGCAGCAGCAGCAACCAGUGCAGCAGCAGCAACCAUUGCAACAACAGCAGCAACCAGUGCAACAGAAACAAGAACCAGUGCAACAGCAACAAGAUCAAAGAGAGCAACAGUCACAGCAGCAACAACCAGCUCAACCCCAGACAGACAACUUGCAGUCCUUGCAACGUCAUCCAAACGAAGCAGCCUCCCAUUUCAAGGCCAGCUUUAAUUUGACACACUUUUUUAAUGAACUGCAAAAAUUGCAGAAUGUCCAGGCGCCACAGCAGGCCGUGCCACAAGUUCAGGCAUCAGCCGCUUCGCCACCAGUGCUUCCCAGCAAGACCUUAUUUUCGCACCCCUCCAAGACCUUCGGUGUCCAUCGGUACUUUGGACCCUUCAAGCUAAAGAACAGUGCCAGUGAUCCUUGUGCGACUAUCAGUCCCAACUGUGUCCCGGUAACCACACCUGCUACUCAGGAAGGUGGGGGAGGGGAAUCCUGCAUCACUGGUCCGGAUGUCAUGAAACUGAACGUCUCCAUCAACGCCAAUGUGUGUGGCAAUCCCAAGACGAAGCAAUUCUUCGGCAAUGGUUCCAUCAACCUGCAGCAUGCCUUUAAGGAAACUGCUUCUCUGAAGUCUGAUUCCAGCCAGGAAAUGCCAGUCCAUGUCAAGGAUGAGAGACACAUUCGAGAGACGGGUGAGGAGUCAUUAGAAGAAGAGUCUGGAGAUUUGAAGAAAAAGGCGAGAGGCCAUGAUGGUCAUCGGAAAAGGCCUUCAGUGAAGUGGCCAAGGAAGAACAAGGCCAAGGUCAAGUCUAAUCCACCAGAAACUCCCAAAGUGCCUGCAAAGCACACUACGGUCACAGAUGAAACGGUGUCGUGCACAAAGGAGCCUGAAUGCGAUCCUGACCUGCAGGAUAUCCCCGUGGAUGAGCCCAUGUCCGAAAGCUUCCAGAAACUCCUCACAGGCAAGACCUCCGAGGAGAUUGUUGCAGCCGUUUUCGAUGCUGUGGAAAACGAUCCUGGAAUGGAUCGAUUGUUGGGUGUCCUGGAACGCAAUCGCAAGUGUCUGAUCAAGCGACCGAGGAACUUCUACCAAAUUCGAAACAACAAGAACGAACAGCAUGUGCAGCAAACCGAGCAAAUGAUCCGGGAUACCAUGAUGGCGAUUAGUGAUAUAAUCGACCAGCAGGUGCGGCAGAGGUCGUGCAUCCCCUUGCGACCCGAUUUAUUGGAUUUCUACGAUCUGAUUCUAAAAACCUCGGAGGAGCAGGAGAAGUGCCGCGAAAAGCGCCAGAGUUCCUUACGCAGUCUGGCCGAGGAUUUCAGCCAGGAUGUGCGUUUGCUGGAUCCCAGCAAGAUCAGCCAGAAGUCCAGGAUUGUUAAGAAGCUAUUACGGCAGUAUGAGGAGAUGCCGGCCGAGGACCAGCAGGCGGCGGCCGGAGUACGUGACGAACUUCUCAUGGACUUGGUCUACCUGCGAAAAAUGGCUGACACGGCGGAGCGAGUCCAGAGGAAUGCCCGCCUGCAGGAGAUCCUCAAGCAGACGAGUCUGGACGAUAGCCAGGAGAAGAACGCGAACACCGAGUACUCGCCCAGGUUUAUAAAAUUGCUGAAAACUGCAGAACUCUUCAAGGAAGCCGGCGAGCAGCAGGCCAAGGAAAUUGUUGGUCGUUAGCUUAUUUUAGCUUUAAAUAUUCUAAAAUAUUCUUUUUUAGUUUUUUCUUUAAAUAAUUUUUGAUUUUUAUUAAAUAAAAAUUGCCUUUAGUUUAGUAAACAAUUGUUAA